AUGGAUGGCGAGGACGGAAUUAAAUUAGUUUUCCGGCGCAUAGACCCUCUGUUACAAACAUUGCUUCCCCUUGUUUCUAGAUUCCAAGGAAUUGUCGAAUCUGGAAACCAAGAUGAUUCGUUUUUGAUACAGCUGGUCCAAUCCCAAAUUCAAAUCUUGCGAAAUCUGGCAGAUGUCAUCAAUCAGUUGGGCGGUCCCGCUGCCCCGGCGUUGAUAGUUCUUGCAGACUACAUAUCUCUACCUUUGAAUGCCAUUUUGCAUGUUUCAGUGUCAUUCGCAAGUUCUACUACUGCUCCUGAGCUCGGUCCACAGCACAGAAUAUUGGUCAGUCAUGUCCGAAAACUUCAGCAGGGCGUGUCAGAGGCCAUUCAGACCUACGUUCAGAUUUGCUGCUCAAACAACGACACGCACCACCUCAAGGAUAGUCAUAUCAUUAAUUUCUUGGUGGCUAUGGCCAGCGUAUUGCCCGCACCAAUCACGAACUUGGAGGGGGGAGAUUUGGACAACGGCUUGGAAGUGUUCAUGUCCUUGUCGGGAGCAAUCAAGGCCUUGAUACAAGAGUGCUCUGGUGCGUCACUCUACGACAAAUGGAAUGGCGAUCUUGUCAUCAAAAUCGUAGACUUUGGAACUUCUGUACUUUCACUGGUAGAAAAUGACCAUCUGAAUCUGCUGACACUAGACAUUCUCGAUGGUUUGAUGGCCAAAGUCAAAACAAGCGAGUUGUGGCAGCGCAUUUUCCCUGGGAUAUUUGCCUCGAUAUAUCGCAGACUGACCGCAUCAGGUCUUAAAGCGAGCGCUGGACUUUCAACUCAGAUUCAGGCAAAAAGCCUAAAAGUGAUUGAAGAGCUGAUAAAGGUGUCGAUUUCGUCAUUUGUAGAAAUCGAUUCGAACAAUGAUAUUCAAACGAAGAUCCUCAAAAAGUCGAAGCUAACUGCACCUGGAGGGAUAAUAGGAGGUUUACGUCGGACCGGGAUGAAGACUGAAAACGAGUUCCUAUCGGAGUUGAGAAACAGGUUAUCUGACCCCUUGACAUAUUUGAUGAGGCAGUGUGUUCUGUCUCCAGCAGAGAGCGUCCGAAUACAGUUGGCAUCACUAUGCGAAACAGUCUUAAUGGAGUCUGGGGAUUGUUGGGAGUCAACAUCGCUUCUUGAGCACGCAUUUGACUCUUGUCUCAUUCUACAGUCCGAUGAUACGACAGAGACCGUGUCGACGCGAUUGGAAUCUAUCAUUUUAUCCUUUCAAAACUCCCAACACGAUAAAUCAUGGAUGAUACCUCGAAUACAGUCAUUAGCAGGAGAAGCCCUUGACAUGGCUAAUGCGCACAAGCACACAGAAAUGCGAAUGCAAUUGCAACUCCUUACUGGGUAUAUCCGAUGCCUUGGAACAGAUGGAUCGGUAGCUCUUGCUGCAUCCAUGAGCAUUAGGGCGUCGCUUGUUGCAUUGGGGGAUGUUGAUUUAGCAUCAUCCGGCAGCACGCAAAGUGUUGAAAAAGUAGCGAAGGGUCGAGAAUCGAUCACAAAAGUACCUCUCCACCAUCUAAACAAGGACUCGGCUUUGCUUUUUCGGAAUAUGCUGAGACAUCUUGGCGCUACUAUUGGUUGGAAACAUGGGUCCCGACUGAUAGAUACGCUCCUAUCAGAAUUCUGUGAAAGCAGUUUUCAGCAUUUAGCUUGUUCCGAGUAUUUUGAAGAUGAGUUCUUCCACGAAAACGUUGGAACUCUUGUGGUUUGCGAAGAGGUUAGUUCCGACAAUCUUCAAGCUUGCCUUGAUAAAGAUAAAAAUCUCACGGUUUUGCGCAUUGGUAUUUUCCAGGUAAUUAGAGGAGCUUUUGCAACGGACCACCAAACCGUCUCGAGAAAAGAAUCGAGGAGAGAACGAAAAUGUCUGCUCGCGCUUGCAUCAUCAUGUCUCCCACUUCUCGUCGAUGCGUCGUUGUGGAAAAUAAGGACAAUGGAAGGAAGUGCGCAUCCAUCGCAACCAGGUGCUCCAAUUCCAAGAGCUUUCCGUGGAAAUGCUUCCGUCAUAGUUUUGGUCCUGAGGAUCGCAUCGGCUUUUUUCGAUGUCUUGGGUGGCGAUUCAGGAGUAUUGACACAUGUCAUGCUGUGCCCAAUCAUCGAAAAGGCGAGCCAGCGAAACAAUGCCAUGGUAAACGCUACAGCAAAGGAUACAGCUCUAACUCUAGCGAAGGCAUGCGGGGUGCCGACACUGUCAGAGCUAUUUGAGCAAAAUAUGAGCACAGUGCUUGUUGGAUUGCGUGCUUUAUUUCAGUCUACACCCAACGAGACAUUCUUGAGAGAUGCAAUGAGAACACUGCAAUGGGUACUCCUUCAGACAAAUUCUUCGGCAGAAGUGACUAGGGGUCUUGCUGACUUGCUGUCAUUCGUUGAAGGGAAAAUUGAUCGUAUGGCAAUCCACAAUCCACUCUCGGAGCUUGCCUUUCAAGAUUUGGUUGCCCUUCAUCGAACUUACUUAGAACACCUAGGUGACUCUUUCUCCGAGAAUGAUUACGAAUCAGCAAAUUUAAGCGCAGCCAUCAAGCAGAAUUCUAGACCAUGGCUUGAUGUGUUGUCGCCGUAUGAGAAGUCAUCCCCAUCCAUAUUCCAAAGGAAGUCGCCGGUGGCCGAAGAAAUGCCUCCACCACAAUAUUCUGGAAUCUGCAUUGACGAUCUUCAUCUUAUCUCAAAGAUCAUAUCAAGAGAGAACUAUAUUCUAUCAAAUUCCAACCUCGUACUGCAGGUGUCGGCUUGUAAAGCUCUGUCAUUGGCGUACCGAGCCUUAGCACGCUUUUCAAGAAGUGCUCAAACUGGAGGUGACGACAGCGGGGUAGAGAAUGCCGUUCUGAAACAGGCUGCCACGUCGUGGCCUUCAUUGAAGGCAAGGCUGCAUAACCUUACCGAUAAUGCCCUCGUAUCGAGAAAAGUCAACAUAUCUUCCAUUGCUAUCGAGCCAUCGAUCGCUUCUCAAGCAGAUCUUGCCACCACCCUAUAUUCUCUUGCAGCAUUGCUCGAGCUGACAACUGUAGUCUGUGAAUCUUGUGGAGACUUCAUGACAAAUCGCUUUGCGAAAGAAGUGUGGCCAGCAAUUGCUCGCUAUCUUGGAUUCAUCAUUCAAUUCAAAUCUCACCAAAGCGAACCUUCCCUCGAUGCUACAGAUUUACAUGGCGAGAGUAUUCUUUUGGAAAAAUUCGGUGAUAUCAGCGACUCUGAGCGACAGUUGAUAGUUUCAAUGCUUGACUGCCUCGGUAGAGUUUAUCGUGUACUAAAAUUGUCAGAUGAUGUCCUAUCAGCGGGGGCAUUUACUAUUUUGCCAUUCUUGGAUACUCGCCACUUUGGACCAGUUAUUGGAGAUAAAGCCAUGGUAGCUAUGAAACGGUUGGCAGAUUCAAACUGUGACGCACUCUGGCGACCUCUGCUACAACUAAUGGGAAACGAGUUACCACCGUUCCCAAAAGGUCUGACAGUCCUCACUCAUCUGACUACAGCUGAUCGGUCAACCUCUGACGACACGGUACUCCAUGAGAAAGCAGCUGAAUUGUUCAAUUACAUUAAUUGCUUGCCUGAGCAAAACAUAUUCUAA